UUCUCCAGGUGUGAAUCUCAGCACGUGACCGAGACUCAGAAGCGGUCUCGGGGUUUUCACGGAAGGCAGCAGAGCGAAAUUCCUCCAACAUAAACCUGGAGUUUUGGGAUUAUAACACGAAACAAAUGACCGUAUCAUCGUCAUAGCUACUAUGAGUGAGGCCAGAAGCCACCGAGAGCGCAGGGAGAGACACGGAGGGGGCUACAGAGAGAGUCAACAACAGCAACAACGGACGCGACCAUCCUCCAGCAGCAGACCAUCUACUAGGACCCAGUACAGCAGCAGAAACCAGUCAUCCCAUUCCCAGUAUGGGAGAAGGUCAACUUCAGAAGAAGUGCAUGGAUCGAAGUGUGCACACAUUUGCUCCAGGAGGGGUGUUGUGCUGAUGUGCGCAUUUCUGAGCAACCUGUUGGUGUUGUUCUGUGUCGUGGCCGCUUACGUGACGCUGUCAGGCAUGUCGGCUACGAAUUUUGGAGGUGGAAGUUUCGUCGACGUUGUCAUCCCGUUUGAAGGGACAGAGCUUCAGAAGGUGCGAGACCUUGACAUGCAGUUUUCACAAAUGAGAGCUCCUGGAAUCUAUGGCGGCCUGGCUUUCAGCAUCACCUUCGGCGUGCUCUCGCUCUUUUUUGUCAUGUCGGGCAACAAACCUGCCCAUGUGCUUUCACGGAAGCUCCUGAUUGGUCAGUUUGCAUUCCAGCUGAUUGGAGCAGUGGCGUAUGUCACUGCAGUGGGCCUGUAUCUACAUUUUGUGAUCAAGGUGAACUCGACGGAUGUGUGUUUAACGCGUGAACGACUUUACGCACGUAACGGACUGACUUGGAUGAACUGUAAUGUGAGUGGUGCAGAUGCAGCUGUGGCACUGUUUGGCAUCAUAACGGCCAUUUUAUAUGCCGUGGGAGCCUUUUUUACUAUUAGAACAAUUCAACAUGUGAACCAGUACAAUAAGGAGCGUGUCCGUUAUGAAGCAGAGAGACCUAAACGACCACACAAUACCCAUGACAGUAGCCGCCAGUCAGGCAUCUCCAUCUGAGCUUCAGAUCAAAAAUGACACUAGAUAGAUAUAAUGUUUUGUUGUUGUUUUUAACAUUUUAUAACAACCGUACGAUGAACUGAUUAAGCACAGUGUAGUAAUAUCUUUUCUUAACAAUCUACUUCUAUAAGCUGCAUUUGUCUAGACAAAAACUGUGAAUCAGUAAAUAAGUGUAUUAAAAAUGUAAAUAUGUUAAAGUAAAUGCUAAUUUUUAAAAUUUAUGUUCAUUAGAUCUUAAAUUCUUUUUGUUAUUAAGAAUUCUGCUGGGUUGCUUUAUACCCUUUUAAUGUCGCAGCCAGCAGGAGGCAGCACACACUUGUUGUUCACACUGGUUUGAAUACUUAAAUGUUUUUAUUUUUUCAACCUGAUGUCUAGCCAUGACUGCCUAAUUAUCUAUCUUAUAGUAGGGAUUCUUAAACUUCUUGCAGCCAGGGACCCUUUCACGUGUUAAAUAAAUUAAUACAAUCAAUUAAACAGUAUAACAAUGAAUAAAUAUAGUUUUAUGAACAUAAUCCAA